AUGGUGGCCGCGUCGAACCUCCCCGCACCGCUAACGGACGGGGAACUUAUCCAGAGCGCCUCGCUUAGCGAUGUGCCGGAUGCAGAGUCCCUGGCUGCCUGGCUCCUGGACAAAGGCUUGGACACGGCAGACUGGGGCAAAGACAACACCAAGGGCGUCAGCAAAUUCUGGAAGGAGAUCAAGCUGAACGAAGCUGCACUGGAGCUCUGGCGGGCAGCGGAUGGCAGUCUGAUUCCCGUGCGAACUACCCAUGUUCUCCGAGCGAAGGUAACCUCGCCGGACAGAUAUGAGCGAGGCAUUUUCCUUUUCAACACCUGGCAGCAGUACGGAGAUGGCCGCACCCGGACGCGGAAUGGUCUCCUGUCAGAGAAAUUGACGACUGACGAAAUGCCCUUGGAAGAAAACCUUCACGAGGUGUGCCGGCGUGCUGUUACCGAGGAAGAGAUGCAGCGGGUGGUGGAGUCGACCAUGAAGAUCGGGUUGGGGAGACCCGCGCCGGAGUACGACCCAAACUACACCUGCCCCCUCGAGGUGGUCAACGAACACUUCGUGGACCACAUCAUUGAGCUAGAGAAGUCCAAAAGCUAUCCAGGACUGCUAACCAUGUACCAUCUCUACACGGUGGACAUCGUAUGUACGGGUUUGCCAUUGACGGAUCUGAACACGCUGGAGUUCGAGCAUCCGGACAAGGAUGGCAAGCGAAAGCUCAAGUACAUCCACGCCUGGGUGUGGCUGGAGUGGCCACAGAUUCAGCGGUAUCUCUUCGAGGGCAGCGAGCUCAAAGAGACAAAGCGCAAAGGCUCCUUUGCCAAUGCGGGGGCCUUGACGACAUGGCUCUCCCAGUUUGACCUGCGGAUGGAGAAGUGGGGCAAAGGAACCCUCAAGUCCGUAGAGGCCUUGUUCAAGGAGAUCGAGAAUGAGGACUCCCUUCUCGAGCUCUGGGGCCGACACGACGGAGUGCCGAUGCUCAUGCGCGUGACCCACGUCUUGCAGCUGCGCGUGACCUCCCCGGAGCCGAGCCUGAAGGGCACAGAGAUAUCAAUCUGGGAGUAUAAGGAGAGACAGAGCCCUCGCCUGCAAAAGGCUUAUGAGGAGCUCUUGAAUGGCAAGCGGCGGGUGACCCACACCCUCCCAGCGAUGAAGCUGACGUUGAAGCUUGACUUUGGUCUGAACGAGUUUGCUUUCUUUACGGCGCAGCCACACGAGUCGGCAGGGCGCAGGAAGGACAUGCCUUACGACGAGGAGAAGUUUCGAGCCUCCGCGGCUGCCUUGGCGACCGGGUUCGCGAUCAAGUUACAACUGGUCGAGGUGACUGAGCAGCUGAACCAUGUCGUGGACAUCCACUACCGGAUCACUCCGAGCACGUCCUUGCGGGACUCGGAGCCCUCCGGUGUGCAGCUCCACGAAGUCCACUUCGUCGAGCAGCGGCACGACGUCGAAGAAUCUCCGUCCUACAGGGGGCUCUUCACCAUGUACCACCUCUACUGCAUGGAAGCCGAGUGCUCAGGCCUGCCGAUCAGUGAUUUUGCCUCAAUGGACCUCAAGGACGGCAAUAUCUACAGCCUCAAGGGUUGGUCCUGGUCUUCGGCCCAGCGCGUCAUGGAUAUCAUGCGCCAUCGAUCGCUAGUGAUUGAGCGCGAGCAGGCGGCCGCCCAUGCGAAGUGGAGGGACGCAGGUCAGACCUGUCUCGACUGCGUUGGCAGGCGCCAUGGGGCUUAUGUGCAAGGGCUACUAGAAUUGACUUAUUAUCGAAUCUAUCGUCGUACCACCAUGAGAAAGGGUACUUGGGGGGUCCUGGUUGGGCCUGUAUUAAGCAUAGCAGUCAGAGGGCGUCUCGCUUCCUAG